AACAAAUGUAUUUAGACUUUGUUCCGAUUUUUUUAAACUUGCUCAUCAUAUUAUGCUCCACAUGGGCAGUAGAAUUUCCGGAAUGUGAAAAUGUCACCGAGCCGGAUACAUUUGUUUCCAGUUAUCGCAGUUGUGCGAAAUAUGUUUACUGCAGCGAUGACGCUUCGUUCGAGGGCGAAUGUUUGGGCGGUAACUAUUUUAAUCAGGCCCAAGGUGUCUGUGAUGAUCCGGAAAAUGUGAAAUGUGACAUUGUGGCCGGUGCCGAUGUUAUCAGUAUUUUCGAUGAUAAAUAUCAAAUAUUGGAAACGGAUGUUGUUGGGAAAAAUCAAAAUCAAAAUCACGAGGAUGAUGUGCUGGAAGAGACUAAGGAAACUGAAGAUGAGUUAGAACUAGAUACUGACGCUGAAUCGGAUGACGCUGAAUCGGAUGUUGAAGUGGAGGAGGAAAUUGUGGAAAAUUCAAAUAAUAAUCAAGAUCAUGAACACAUUACAAUGUUCACAACGCAACAUGAAGCAGCAACAUGUUCUGGGGUUUCUUCCACUGCUGUCCGCCAUAUUCCGCAUCGUGAAUCCUGUUCGGCUUUCUUUACAUGUUACAAUGGCAUGAUUAUUCCGAUGCUAUGUCCUCGAUAUUUAUUUUUUAAUUCGGAAACGGAGAAAUGCGAGCCACAAUUACCGGCAAAUUGCAAGUUACGUUAUUCGGUACGUUUGAACUGUCGUAAAGGUGUUUACGACUACAUGCCCCAUCCGCAGAAGUGUGAAUAUUAUUAUUACUGUCUCAAUGGUUUUCUGAUGAUCCUGCGUUGUCCUCACGAUUUUCUCUGGCAUUACGAGCGACGAACGUGUGUCCAUAAAUCGCUGGCAAAAUGCUACACAGAAUCAUCGAUACUGAUGACGUCACAGCAACAGGUUGUCUAUCGACAUCGUAAUUGAAAAUACGUGAAAAAACUAUUUAAACACUAAAG